CCCCUCCUCAUCGCUCUCACCGGCCUCCAAGGCUCCGGAAAAUCCACCAUCGCCACCCACCUCACCCACGCUCUGCGUACCACCCACAGUCUCCACGCCAUCACCGUCUCCCUCGACGACUUCUACCUCCCGCACUCCGCCCUCGUCACCCUCCGCGAGCAAAAUACCCUGUAUUCUGUGCGCGGACAGCCGGGGACGCAUGAUGCGAAGCUGGCGGAGCGGUUUUUCGCAGAGGUGAGGACUGGGAAGGGGGUGCGAGUUCCGGAGUUUGAUAAGAGUGCGUUUGGCGGGGAAGGGGAUCGCGUGCCGGAGGGGGAAUGGAGCGUGGUGGAGGGAAGGGUGGAUGCGGUGGUGUUCGAGGGGUGGUGUGUUGGGUUUCGGGCGUUGGCGGAGGGGGAGGUGGAGGCGCGGUGGAGGACGGCGCGGGAGGCGAGAGGACAUGAUCACGGUCAUGAUCACGGGGGGAGUGCGGCGGAUGGAAUGAGGCCGGUCAACACGCUUGCGGAUCACAGCUUGGAGGAUCUACUGCAGGUGAACCGCUGCUUGGAACGCUAUACGGAAACGUUCAUGGGGCCGAGGCGGUUGGAUGUGUUGGUGCAUUUGGAUACGGAGCGGUUGGAGAACGUGUAUACGUGGCGGGUGGAGCAGGAGGAGAAGUUGCGGGAGGCGAAGGGAAGGGGGAUGGCGGAGGGAGAGGUGGUGGAGUUCGUGAGGAGGUAUAUGCCGGCGUAUGAGUUGUAUUUGGACGGGUUGAGGAAGGGGUUCUUUGAGGGGGUGGGACGGGGGAAGGUGCAGGUUCGGGUGCUGUUGGGGGUGGAU